GUUAGCCAGAGCGGAGUGACAUGCCGUGCCUCUCCUUUCCCACAGCGCACCCGAGAUAAGAGCACUCUGGCCAGAGACCCUCCGAGGACAGAGUCAAGGUCCCCCAGAAGUGAAAUCCAUCCCUAAAAAGCCAGCCCAGAUACCAAUGAGGUUGAGAAGCAACUUUGAUGCGUCAAAAACACUAAGUGCCAGUAACAUGGAGACAUUAAUUGAAUGUCAGUCAGAGGGUGACAUCAAGGAACAUCCCCUGUUGUUGGCAUCAUGUGCGAGUGAAGACAGCAUUUGCCAGCUAAUUGAAGUUAAGAAGAGAAAGAAAGUUCUGUCCUGGCCCUUCCUCAUAAGAAGACUGUCCCCUUUGUCAGAUUUCUCUGGGACUUUGGAGCCAGACUUGAAAGUGUCACUGUUUGAUCAACCCUUGUCAAUUAUCUGCCAGGAGAACGGCGCCCUGCCCAGACCCAUUCAGGAUAUUCUCGCUAUCCUCUGCCUCAAAGGCCCCUCGACUGAAGGAAUAUUCAGGAAAGCAGCCAGUGAGAAAGCCCGCAAGGAGCUGAAGGAGGCGCUCAACUGCGGGGGAACGGUGGACCUGGAAGGGCUGCCCGUACACCUGCUGGCCGUGGUCUUCAAGGACUUCCUCCGGAGCAUUCCCCUGAAGCUGCUGUCCUGUGACCUCUUUGAAGAGUGGAUGGGCGCCCUGGAGAAGCAGAACGAGGAGGACAGAAUUGAGGCCCUCAAGCAGGUUGCAGAUCAGCUCCCCCGACCCAACCUCCUGCUGCUCAGGCACCUGGUCUACGUGUUGCACCUGAUCAGCAAAAACUCCGAGGUUAACAAGAUGGACUCCAGCAACCUGGCUAUCUGCAUCGGCCCCAACAUGCUCACCCUGGAGAAUGACCACAACUUGUCAUUGGAGGCCCAGAGAGACUUGAACAAUAAGGUAAAGACAUUGGUGGAAUUCCUCAUUGACAACUGCUUUGAGAUAUUCGGGGAGAACAUUCCAGCUCAUUCCAGCAUCACUUCUGAUGACUCUCUGGAACACACUGAUAGUUCAGACAUGUCGACCCUGCAGAACGACUCAGCCUACGACAGCUAUGAUCCUGACUUUGAACCCACCAGUGCCAUCCACAAUCCCAGCAGGCAUCCCCAGGUUCCCACAGCCAUGGCUGCCGGUCUGGACAACAGAGGGCCCCAGGACACCUGUGAGUUAAGCCCAGAGCCCAUUGUGAGCACAGUAGCCAGACUGAAACGCUCCAUCAACCAGGCAGACAGGAGGUUCUCAGAACCCAGCCCGCCACCCUCACAAGAGUGCCUUGAGAGCCGGAUGACAAACCAAAAACUAACCAAAAGUGAGGAUGACUUCACCGCGCCCCAGGCCAGCCCUCAUUUGGAAAGCGAGGACACGGAAGACCCGUUUCCAGAGGAGGUCUUCCCUGCAGUAGAAGGCAGAGCCAAGAGACCAGUGGACCUGAUGAUCAAGAACUCAACCCAGAGUUUGCCUUUGCUGCAGGGACCAGGACCCAAAGCCUUCUCCAGCGGCUCCCUGGGUGGGUCCUCUGACAAUUCACCAUCAGCUUCUCCUUCCUGUCCCAAAAAAAAUUUCUUCAMCAGACACCAGUCUUUCACCAUGAAGACUGAGAAAAGCAAGCCCAGCAGAGAAAUUAAAAAGCACUCCCUGUCAUUUUCCUUUGCCUCUCACAAAAAAGUGCUGCCCAAGACCCCGAGCUGUGAGACCGGGAAACCCAAAGACUUUACCAGAGACCAAGUCAAGAAGGGCUUGAGAAAAGAAAGUCAGCUUGCUGGAAGGAUCGUCCGGGAGGGCAGGCCUGACGUCUACAGCCAAGCAGCUGCAGGCUGCGGCUUGCCACCUAGGGCCCCCUCAGUCAAUGACGUGUUCCAGAUGGUUGACCAGAGGAGCCCAGGAAGCCCGCCAUCUUAUGAAGAGGCCAUUCAGAGCCAGGAGUCUGGACUCUUGGCCUAUGGCAGCCAGACCGUGGGAAGUAUGCGGGCGAGAAUGCUGAGCCAGGACUCCAUGCCGCCACCUCCUCUGCCUUCUCACCCUGGAGGAGGCUCCAGGAUUGUCUGCCAUGAAGAAGCACUUAGUGGACGCAGCCUGUCUUCCAUGACURAGUGCUGGGAACAGGGUGGGACUGUGAGUCCCUCUGGGGAAACUCCAGGGCCUGGAACCACACCGGGGAGGCCUGRGCUUCCCAGGCUAAGGACUGUGUCCGAGUUUAUGCAGAAGGACAAGCGGGACUAYCUCAGGCGACGAUGUAGCCAGCCCAUCUUUGAGGCUGACCAACUCCAAUAUGCUAGAGAAUCCUACAUUUAG